GACCAGUUCGAGAAUCUGUCCCUGCACACGCAAAAAGGGAUAGAGUUUCUCGAGAGGUAUGGCCACUUCAUACGCGAUCGUUGCGCGAUCGAAUUCGAAUACGCAGCGAAACUCAGGCGUCUCGUGAAGAGUUAUCAACCGAAGAAGAAGGAGGAGGAGGAUUAUCAGUAUAGUCCCUGUCGGGCGUUUAAAAUGGAGCUGAACGAAGUGAACGACCAGGCCGGUCAGCGGGAGGUGAUCGCGGAGAAUCUUCAGGCGAACGUUCUGCGGGAACUCAAUAUCCUGGUUAAGGAUUUCAAAGAGGAUCGCAAGAAGCAUCUGCAGGAGGGUGCGCGGCUGAUGGCCACCCUAGCCGGCCAGAUCGGCAAUCUGGAGCGUGCCAGGAAGGCUUAUGAGAAGGCCUUCCGCGAAGCGGAGCGCGCCGUGGAGAACUAUCAGCGAGCGGACGCGGAUCUCAAUCUCUCGAGAGCAGAGGUCGAGAAGCAGAGGAUGAAUAUGACGAUGAAGACCCAGCAGAGCGAGGAAGCCAAAACGGAGUACGCGAAUCAGCUGCAAAAAACGAAUGACAUGCAGACGUUACACUACCACACAGCGAUGCCGGAAGUGUUUCAACAUCUUCAGGAGCUGGACGAGAAAAGGAUAAAGAACAUGCGGAAUUACAUGAUGAAAUCGGUAGAGAUCGAGCGGGCAGUGGCGCCGAUAAUUGCUCAGUGCCUGGAUGGCAUUGAGAAGGCGGCGAACGAGAUCAACGAGAAGGAGGACACGAUGUUGGUAAUAGAACGUUACAAGAGUGGUUUCCAGCCACCUGGAGACUUUCCCUUUGAAGAUCUAUCAGUCGCCAAGAACUACGAUAGCAACAGUCAACUGGCCCAGCCGGUCAUGCAGCCGAUCCACAAUCACCUCACGGUCAAGGGCACCGUCUCCGGUGGCAAGAUCAAAAAGAGGGUCGGCCUUUUCGGGAUCUUCGGCAGUAAUAAGAAGUUGAUCGAGGUGUGCAUAGCUUUAAAGAAUAAUGUGCCUGGCUACGGUGAUGGUGCCAAGGAGGACUGCAGCGAUCUGCCACCAAAUCAGCGGAAGAAGCGAUUGCAGCAACGACUGGACGAGAUCCAGGCGAAGAUUCAGCAAGAGACCGCGGCGAGGGACGGUCUGAUGAAGAUGAAAGGCGUGUACGAGCAGAACCCCGCCCUUGGAGAUCCCAUGAGUAUAGAGGGGCAAUUAAACCAGUCCAGUAACAAACUGGACAAGCUCGGAGUUGAACUGGCAAAGUUUCAAGGCUACCUCGAAGAAGCAAUGCGCGCUGGUGCCAAUUUAUCUAGCCCAAGUCAAGCACAGCGAAAACCUACUACUAACGGCUCGGCAACCAGGCCGUUGAGUUCACGAAGAGGUAGUCACUCGGGCGGCGAGGAGAGCCUUUCGAGAUCCGCUUCGGACUCGAGCGUAUGUAACGCGAACGCAAAUCAACCGGUUCACAAGAAGAGCGCGCCGAGCACACCGCAGCCGACUCAUGGUUCCACGAACAGCCCGGAAUCUGGCCUCGGCGAGUCGAGAACGUCGCUACCCGGCAGCGGUUGCGAGGAGUAUUAUCAUGACGAAGUGGACGCUCAACCGCCAUUGGGAACAUGUCGGGCGCUUUAUCCUUUCGAUGCGACUAGCGAAGGUUCCAUACCGAUGUACGACGGCGAAGAGCUGUAUAUGAUCGAGCUGGAUCAAGGAGAUGGUUGGACUAGAGUGCGACGCAUUUCUCAACCGAUCGAGGGCUUCGUGCCGACCUCGUACAUAGAGUGUCAUCUGUACAACACUUAG